UCAGUCUUCAGUUUGGACGCCGCACAGCCUGUGAUCUUAGAGAACCUCUUUCCCACCAGUGAGUCGGAGGGGAUUAUGAAUUGCUGAGAAGCUCACCCCGGUUUUUCUCGAGAGGAUGCACGGGCGAAACAAGGCCGCACUCUGCACCCUGGUGAUAGCAGCACUUGUUCUGCAAAUCACUAAGGCACAGACGGACUCGGAAGGAGAAGAACUCGUAUACGACAUAAGUGACACACAAAAGACACAAUACUUGAACCAGAAUUUCGAUACGAGUGCUUACAAUUACGGAUAUGAAGUGUCUCCGGACGGUCAAUUUCAUCACGAAGUGCACGGUCCUGACGGCGUAACUUACGGAUGUUACGGGUACGUCAACCCGUUCGGUAAAUUGACGGCAACAUUUUAUUUAAGUGACGGUUGGGGCUACCGUAUUGUGCGUCCUGGUGACAAUGUGGAGCUCUUUCUUCACAAGCACGAACACCACGAAAAUCAUGAACACGGUGACCACGACGAUAAUGGGCAUGAUCACGAAGAUCAUCACAAUCAUCACGAUCAUCAUGGCAUUCUGACAGCGUGGAAGGAUCUAUAUUUCCCUCCAGUUUGUGGCCAAUUUGAAAGCACGAAUGAAAGACCCAUCACAUUCCAACCCGGUCGACCGACGAUACCAAACGCGCCGUCGCAAGGUGGUGAUGGGGAACCAUCUCGUCCCGUGGGAUUUCCUGCUAGACCUGGAACACCAGGAUCACCAGGGACUGCUGCACAACCCGGAUACCCAGGCACACCCGGCAGGCCCGGAACUCCAGGAACACCGGCAAUUCCAGCUCAACCAGGAUACCCCGGCACGCCCGGCAGACCUGGAACGCCAGGAACACCGGCUAUCCCUGCUCAACCAGGGUACCCAGGCACACCCGGCAGACCUGGCACCCCUGGUACUCCGGCAAUCCCAGCUCAACCAGGAUACCCCGGCACGCCCGGCAGACCUGGAACGCCAGGAACACCGGCAAUUCCAGCUCAACCAGGAUACCCCGGCACACCCGGCAGACCCGGAACGCCAGGAACACCGGCAAUUCCAGCUCAACCAGGAUACCCCGGCACACCCGGCAGACCCGGAACGCCAGGAAUACCGGCAAUUCCAGCUAAACCAGGAUACCCCGGCACACCCGGUAGACCUGGCACCCCCGGUACUCCGGCAAUCCCAGCUCAACCAGGAUACCCCGGCACACCCGGUAUACCCGGAACGCCAGGAACACCGGCAAUUCCAGCUCAACCAGGAUACCCCGGCACACCCGGCAGACCUGGCACACCUGGUACUCCGGCAAUCCCAGCUCAACCAGGAUACCCAGGCACACCCGGCAGACCUGGCACCCCCGGUACUCCGGCAAUCCCAGCUCAACCAGGAUACCCCGGCACACCCGGUAGACCGGGAACGCCAGGAACACCGGCAAUUCCAGCUCAACCAGGAUACCCCGGCACACCCGGUAGACCCGGAACGCCAGGAACACCGGCAAUUCCAGCUCAACCAGGAUACCCCGGCACACCCGGUAGACCCGGAACGCCAGGAACACCGGCAAUUCCAGCUCAACCAGGAUACCCCGGCACACCCGGUAAACCCGGAACGCCAGGAACACCGGCAAUCCCAGCUCAACCAGGAUACCCCGGCACACCCGGCAGACCUGGCACCCCCGGUACUCCGGCAAUCCCAGCUCAACCAGGAUACCCCGGCACACCCGGCAGACCUGGCACCCCCGGUACUCCAGCAAUCCCAGCUCAACCGGGAUACCCCGGCACACCCGGCAGGCCUGGCACCCCCGGUACUCCAGCAAUCCCAGCUCAACCGGGAUACCCCGGCACACCCGGCAGACCUGGCACCCCUGGUACUCCAGCAAUCCCAGCUCAACCAGGAUACCCUGGCACACCCGGUAGACCCGGAACGCCAGGAACACCGGCAAUUCCAGCUCAACCAGGAUACCCCGGCACACCCGGUAGACCCGGAACGCCAGGAACACCGGCAAUUCCAGCUCAACCAGGAUACCCCGGCACACCCGGUAGACCCGGAACGCCAGGAACACCGGCAAUUCCAGCUCAACCAGGAUACCCCGGCACACCCGGUAGACCCGGAACGCCAGGAACACCGGCAAUCCCAGCUCAACCAGGAUACCCCGGCACACCCGGCAGACCUGGCACCCCCGGUACUCCAGCAAUCCCAGCUCAACCGGGAUACCCCGGCACACCCGGCAGACCUGGCACCCCUGGUACUCCAGCAAUCCCAGCUCAACCAGGAUACCCUGGCACACCCGGUAGACCCGGAACGCCAGGAACACCGGCAAUUCCAGCUCAACCAGGAUACCCCGGCACACCCGGUAGACCCGGAACGCCAGGAACACCGGCAAUUCCAGCUCAACCAGGAUACCCCGGCACACCCGGUAGACCCGGAACGCCAGGAACACCGGCAAUUCCAGCUCAACCAGGAUACCCCGGCACACCCGGGAAACCCGGAACGCCAGGAACACCGGCAAUCCCAGCUCAACCAGGAUACCCCGGCACACCCGGCAGACCUGGCACCCCCGGUACUCCGGCAAUCCCAGCUCAACCAGGAUACCCCGGCACACCCGGCAGACCUGGCACCCCUGGUACUCCAGCAAUCCCAGCUCAACCAGGAUACCCCGGCACACCCGGCAGACCUGGCACCCCCGGUACUCCAGCAAUCCCAGCUCAACCGGGAUACCCCGGCACACCCGGCAGGCCUGGCACCCCCGGUACUCCAGCAAUCCCAGCUCAACCGGGAUACCCCGGCACACCCGGCAGACCUGGCACCCCUGGUACUCCAGCAAUCCCAGCUCAACCAGGAUACCCUGGCACACCCGGUAGACCCGGAACGCCAGGAACACCGGCAAUUCCAGCUCAACCAGGAUACCCCGGCACACCCGGUAGACCCGGAACGCCAGGAACACCGGCAAUUCCAGCUCAACCAGGAUACCCCGGCACACCCGGUAGACCCGGAACGCCAGGAACACCGGCAAUCCCAGCUCAACCAGGAUACCCCGGCACACCCGGCAGACCUGGAACGCCAGGAACACCGGCAAUCCCAGCUCAACCAGGAUACCCCGGCACACCCGGUAUACCCGGAACGCCAGGAACACCGGCAAUCCCAGCUCAACCAGGAUACCCAGGCACACCCGGCAGACCUGGCACCCCCGGUACUCCGGCAAUCCCAGCUCAACCUGGAUACCCCGGCACACCCGGCAGACCAGGAACGCCAGGAACACCGGCAAUCCCAGCUCAACCAGGAUACCCCGGCACACCCGGUAUACCCGGAACGCCAGGAACACCGGCAAUCCCAGCUCAACCAGGAUACCCAGGCACACCCGGCAGACCUGGCACUCCCGGUACUCCGGCAAUCCCAGCUCAACCAGGAUACCCCGGCACGCCCGGCAGACCAGGCACCCCCGGUACUCCGGCAAUCCCAGCUCAACCAGGAUACCCUGGCACACCCGGCAGACCAGGCACCCCCGGUACUCCGGCAAUCCCAGCUCAACCAGGAUACCCUGGCACACCCGGCAGACCUGGCACCCCUGGUACUCCAGCAAUCCCAGCUCAACCAGGAUACCCCGGCACACCCGGUAUACCCGGAACGCCAGGAACACCGGCAAUCCCAGCUCAACCAGGAUACCCAGGCACACCCGGCAGACCUGGCACCCCCGGUACUCCGGCAAUCCCAGCUCAACCAGGAUACCCUGGCACACCCGGCAGACCAGGCACCCCCGGUACUCCGGCAAUCCCAGCUCAACCAGGAUACCCUGGCACACCUGGCAGACCUGGCACCCCUGGUACUCCGGCAAUCCCAGCUCAACCAGGAUACCCUGGCACACCCGGCAGACCCGGAACUCCAGGAACACCGGCAAUUCCAGCUCAACCAGGAUACCCUGGCACACCCGGCAGACCUGGCACACCUGGUACUCCGGCAAUCCCAGCUCAACCGGGAUAUCCAGGCACACCUGGCAGACCUGGCACACCUGGUACUCCGGCAAUCCCAGCUCAACCAGGAUACCCUGGCACACCUGGCAGACCUGGCACCCCUGGUACUCCGGCAAUCCCAGCUCAACCAGGAUACCCCGGCACACCCGGCAGACCUGGCACCCCUGGUACUCCGGCAAUCCCAGCUCAACCAGGAUACCCCGGCACACCCGGCAGGCCUGGCACCCCUGGUACUCCGGCAAUCCCAGCUCAACCAGGAUACCCUGGCACACCUGGCAGACCUGGCACCCCUGGUACUCCGGCAAUCCCAGCUCAACCAGGAUACCCUGGCACACCUGGCAGACCUGGCACCCCUGGUACUCCGGCAAUCCCAGCUCAACCAGGAUACCCCGGCACACCCGGCAGGCCUGGCACCCCUGGUACUCCGGCAAUCCCAGCUCAACCAGGAUACCCUGGCACACCUGGCAGACCUGGCACCCCUGGUACUCCGGCAAUCCCAGCUCAACCAGGAUACCCCGGCACACCCGGCAGACCCGGAACUCCAGGAACACCGGCAAUUCCAGCUCAACCAGGAUACCCCGGCACACCCGGCAGACCUGGCACACCUGGUACUCCGGCAAUUCCAGCUCAACCAGGAUACCCCGGCACACCCGGCAGACCUGGCACACCUGGUACUCCGGCAAUCCCAGCUCAACCGGGAUAUCCAGGCACACCCGGCAGGCCUGGCACCCCUGGUACUCCGGCAAUCCCAGCUCAACCAGGAUACCCUGGCACACCUGGCAGACCUGGCACCCCUGGUACUCCGGCAAUCCCAGCUCAACCAGGAUACCCCGGCACACCCGGCAGACCCGGAACUCCAGGAACACCGGCAAUUCCAGCUCAACCAGGAUACCCCGGCACACCCGGCAGACCUGGCACACCUGGUACUCCGGCAAUCCCAGCUCAACCGGGAUAUCCAGGCACACCCGGCAGACCUGGCACACCUGGUACUCCGGCAAUCCCAGCUCAACCAGGAUACCCUGGCACACCUGGCAGACCUGGCACCCCUGGUACUCCGGCAAUCCCAGCUCAACCAGGAUACCCCGGCACACCCGGUAAACCCGGAACUCCAGGAACACCAGCAAUUCCAGCUCAACCAGGAUACCCUGGCACACCCGGUAGACCUGGCACACCUGGUACUCCGGCAAUCCCAGCUCAACCGGGAUAUCCAGGCACACCCGGCAGACCUGGCACACCUGGUACUCCGGCAAUCCCAGCUCAACCAGGAUACCCUGGCACACCUGGCAGACCUGGCACCCCUGGUACUCCGGCAAUCCCAGCUCAACCAGGAUACCCCGGCACACCCGGUAAACCCGGAACUCCAGGAACACCAGCAAUUCCAGCUCAACCAGGAUACCCUGGCACACCCGGUAGACCCGGAACGCCAGGAACACCGGCUAUCCCAGCUCAACCAGGAUACCCCGGCACACCCGGCAGACCUGGCACCCCUGGUACUCCAGCGAUCCCAGCUCAACCAGGAUACCCCGGCACACCCGGUAGACCCGGAACUCCAGGAACACCGGCAAUUCCAGCUCAACCAGGAUACCCCGGCACACCCGGUAGACCUGGAACUCCAGGAACACCGGCAAUUCCUGCUCAACCAGGAUACCCCGGCACACCUGGCAGACCUGGCACCCCUGGUACCCCGGCAAUCCCAGCUCAACCAGGAUACCCUGGCACACCCGGUAGACCCGGAACUCCAGGAACACCGGCAAUUCCAGCUCAACCAGGAUACCCCGGCACACCUGGCAGACCUGGCACCCCUGGUACCCCGGCAAUCCCAGCUCAACCAGGAUACCCUGGCACACCCGGUAGACCCGGAACUCCAGGAACACCGGCAAUCCCAGCUCAACCAGGAUACCCCGGCACACCCGGUAGACCUGGAACUCCAGGAACACCGGCAAUUCCUGCUCAACCAGGAUACCCCGGCACACCUGGCAGACCUGGCACCCCUGGUACCCCGGCAAUCCCAGCUCAACCAGGAUACCCUGGCACACCCGGUAGACCCGGAACUCCAGGAACACCGGCAAUUCCAGCUCAACCAGGAUACCCCGGCACACCUGGCAGACCUGGCACCCCUGGUACCCCGGCAAUCCCAGCUCAACCAGGAUACCCUGGCACACCCGGUAGACCCGGAACUCCAGGAACACCGGCAAUCCCAGCUCAACCAGGAUACCCCGGCACACCCGGUAGACCUGGAACUCCAGGAACACCGGCAAUUCCUGCUCAACCAGGAUACCCCGGCACACCUGGCAGACCUGGCACCCCUGGUACCCCGGCAAUCCCAGCUCAACCAGGAUACCCUGGCACACCCGGUAGACCCGGAACUCCAGGAACACCCGCAAUCCCAGCUCAACCAGGAUACCCUGGCACACCCGGUAGACCCGGAACUCCAGGAACACCGGCAAUUCCAGCUCAACCAGGAUACCCCGGCACACCUGGCAGACCUGGCACCCCUGGUACCCCGGCAAUCCCAGCUCAACCAGGAUACCCUGGCACACCCGGUAGACCCGGAACUCCAGGAACACCGGCAAUUCCCGCUCAACCGGGAUAUCCCGGAAAACCUGGAACUCCGGGAACACCCGCGAUUCCAGCCCAACCUGGAUAUCCUGGCAGUCCUGGCUAUCCUGGUUACCCUGGCUAUCCUAGCUAUCCAGAGCCUGGUUAUCCUGGUUAUCCCGGCUAUCCCGGCUAUCCAGAGCCAGGUACACAACCGGAACCUGGAUAUCCUGGCUAUCCUGGUUACCCUGGGGCACCAAACGGUCCGAUUGGCGGAAUAGGGCCUGAAGGGCCUGUAGGUGGUAUCGGCGGCGACGGUGGCAUUGGAGGUGAUGGCGGCGUUGGCGGCGAAGGUGGCGUUGGGCCCGACGGUCCGGAUGGUCCUUGGCCAACAGGUCCCCCAGGGCCAGAUGGACCGUGGCCUGGUGAUCCAGACUAUGUUCCUCGAGCACAACCUACACAGCGUCCAUCGUAUUUCAACAAACAGAACGUUCCAUACACUCCCAUCACUGCCGGAUCUUUUAUCGAAUCGAAAUAUCCAGAAUCCAAAAAACUCACAUCCGAUUCUAUGUAUAAUUCUCCAACUAGGCAGCUCAGCUCCGCAAAUGGAAACUCCGAAGGUACAAAGAAAACAGCCAGUAAUCAAGGCUUGAUCGAAAAAUUCAAGCAAUCAAAUCAAUCGCCAAAAUCAGACUAUACCGAACCUCAGGUGCAACCUGACGCAGCAGGUCAAGCAAGGAUUCCAAAUUCCGCCGAACAGAGUCAAUGAAGGUAGACCAGUAGGUCGUCCAGUGCAGCCCGAAUUAUCUGGAAAUCCAGUGAACGGGCAAUUCAUAUCGCAUCAAGAUAGCCGUGAACAAAUCAACGAAUACCAAAAAGCCGACGGCAGCAUAGAGACAAACGGUAAACCCGGUACAUCUGAACCAGAUGUUUAUCAAUUUGACUUUCGGCGGAAGCAGGGCCUGUACUCUGAAAAACAUAACUAUGAGGCAAACAAACGGUUUGAACAGAAACAGAUUGACGCAAAUUUUACAAAGCCAGUAGGUCAACCAGAUAAAGGGCAAACUGGACUAGCUCCCAUAUCUGGUAGACCAGGCAAAAAAAUGCAGCUUGACGAAUUUCAACAACUCGAAACAUCUGACAAAACAAAUCCUGAUACUGAAUCGAUCCAGCCAGCUGCUCCCACAUCCUCAACGCCGUUUGAGCGAGAUCCUACUAUCGGAGCCAUCGGCGUACAACCGCCCCGCUCUCAACAAAGUAAACCAGUUCCACUUUCCAUAGGACCAGAUCCACAAGCUUGCCCAUGUUAUCUAGUCGAAUCUAAUACCACUUCGUCACUGACGACGACUAGUACCACGCCAACUCCUUUAAUCGGCCAAUUAGGCUUUAUACCUGUUGUCUUUGUCCCAUUCUGUCCUGGUGAAAAAGCAGACAGUGAAAAAAUGAAGUCAAUAUUUCCGACUGCCACCCCAGUUCCGUAUCCUUGUGACGUCUGUGGACCACAUGAAGCAAAGAUAACGACACAGUACCUUGACUUGAAUCAGCUUGGUAGUCUUAAGCAUCUAAAAGAAGCUUUGAGCCAGGCGAAACUUGGACUCUUGAACAUCCCUAUCGACAGGCGCCUUCUCAGACGAAAGGUCAAGAGAAUGAAAAUAGAAUGAUAAUUUAAGCUAGAAAAAUAUUGCUCUUCUUUUUGUACAGCACGACGUAGAGUUCAUUGAGUAAAUCAAAUAGAGGCUGGUUGACGUUGAAAUGGUGAGAGUGCCCGUCCGUCAGCUGCUGGACAGCUGAUGGAUGGCCAGGUAGAGGUUAUUGGUGCCGGGGCUAUUUUCUUCAUCUGACUAUUGGAGCGAGGAUUCACGUGCCUUCCAGCUCACCAUUUCUCCGUAAAUCAACGCCUAAAAUCAACUUUCUUCGUAAGAACCAUGUUGUAUUCUUUAAAGUAAGUUCACGUAUUUACCAUUCGACCAUGUAAAAUAAAUGAAUAAGCUGCUGCACCCCGUAGUGUCGUAUACUAUGGACGUCAGAUCGUUAAGUAAUUUUGUAAUACCAUUUGUCCAAUAUUUGUGUAUGUACGUGUAUCACGCUCCUGAACGUGAGGACAAAUGACAAACGUUUAUAAAUAAAUGAUACAUUUUUUGAAUGCACAA